CAUACACAAAAUGCCUCUUCCAUCCGCAGACGAACUCGAGCAGCUCGAAGAUAUUGAAAAGCAAUGGGCUGUCAAGGCUAUGCAUCACGCUGAGACCUAUUUUAAGCUGAUCUCUGCUAUGGACUGCUCCAAGCUCCGUUUGACAAGCAUUGAUGAUGAAAUCUACAAGGACUUCAUUGAAAACUUUCCUCAUAUUGAUGUUAAGCACUUGGACGAGAAAGACUUCAAGUCUCCCGAGAGCAAGGAUAAGUGGCGCCACUGGAUCAACAAGUAUGAGAAGAGAGUUAAUGAAUUCAACUUUGGCUGUUUGAUCCGUAUUGAUCCCUCCAAAGACUACACCGAGGAAAACACCAUGUUUGGUGUCCGUAUGCAGUUUUAUGCUAUUGAAAUUGCCAGAAACAAGUUGGGAUUGAAUGCUGCUGUCCGCAAGCAAUAAAAUAGAUACAAAGUUAUAAAGAAAGAAAAAGUAUGCCUAUUUAAAAAUGUGAUAUAUACUAGUGGUUGAGAGUACAUGCAUAAUUAGUGUGUGUGUUAGAUAUGUUAAUAAAUCUACUUUGCCAUUCUAAUUAAACUGGAAAUAAAAGUUACGAAUUACAAAACC